CAGAAAAUGUGUUUGACGUCCUAUGACGCAGACAGAAUUAUGAUUUAAAUAAAUGGCAUCCUUUUUAUAGCAAAUAUAAUAAAACAUAGUCACUUUGAUAUUAAUACACUUUUAUUGUUAUUCUUUUUUUUGUUUGUUUGUUUCAACAGGAAAUGUGUUUCACUUUCUACGACUCAGAAUGAUGAGUAAAAAUAUAAAUAAAUGGCAUCUCCUUUUAUUGAAAAAUAUCAUAAAACAUAGUCACGUUUUUAUUAUUUCAUAAAGGUAAAAAAUUGGGUCACAAAAAGGGUGUAUCUGCCUAAUUCAGUUUUUUCUUCCUCAUUAAUGUUAAAGUAUUCUGUCGCUUUACCUGCUUGACCCGUUUUCCGCCCGGCGACAAACACAAAACUAAUAGCCAAAGGAGAGUGUUUUACACACACACAAACACACACACACACACACACACACUCUUCAUAGUUUGUGUGCUUGUUGUACUUGGAUGCUUUCCUCUUGGAGGCGUCCUGCAGGUUCUGUCAGAAACUCGGUCAGCGGGAAAAUGUCUUUUGAGAGUUUGGUGGUGAAAGGAAGAGAAGAGAAGAGAAGAGCACUCCACAUGCCAUCUUCAGCUGGAUGCUCCUGACCACCUGGAAACAAAGAAUCCUCUGCCUUUAGUUCCGCUUGUAGCUCAUCCUGCUUUUUCGGGGUGGUCAAGAUGAUGGAGGAGGUGUCGGUCACCAUGUCCUACGACGCCCAGCUGUCGGAGCAGAUGACCGAGGAGGAGAUCCUGGCGUGUCUGGUGGCCGAAACGGGACCCAGCUUUCCAGAGGUCCCGACCAAGAAAGCCAAGCUGAGAGAAAGCCGUCUGCAAAUAAUGGAGGAUGAGGAAGACCCCUUGAAUAAAUGCCAGAUGGAGAACCAUCGUCUUCAGCAGGCCAGCCUCCGUCUGGAGCGGGAGAACGACAGCCUGGCCCACAAACUCAUCACCAGCAAGGUGGCCCUCAGGAGCGCCCUGGACAAGGCGGAGGAGAGCGUGGAGGCACUCAUCGGCGACCUUCUGCUGACUCGCCGUCGUCUGCGGGUCACAGAGGAGGAGAAGCGAGGCAAGGAGGAGGAGGCGGCCAUGUUAAAGGAAGUGCUGCGGAGGGAGCUGGAGAGGGCAGAGCAGGAGGUGAAAAAGUCCUCGGGCAUCAUCACAGACUACAAACAGAUCUGUUGUCAGCUGACAUCGCGCCUGGAGAGACAACAGGAGGCACACUCGCAGGAGGUCCUCUCACUCAAGAGCACGUUGAAGGCUUGUCCUCACUGUCGUGCUGGAGAAUCAGUAGAAGAAGCAGCAGCGGUAUCAUCAGAGGACCCUGGCUUGGUUGUUCCAGGCUGGGGUAGGAAGCACGUUGGCCCCACUGAGGCACAACAGAGGAGGGAGGACCAGGAGAAGGCCUCCCUCAAGGCUCAGAUUAGACAGCUGGAGAAGGAGCUGGCUCAGACCAAACUACAGAUGGUGGAGGCCAAAUGCAAAAUCCAGGAGCUGGAGCACGAGCGGGGCAUCCUGGCCAACGACCUCCAGGAAGCAAAGAACAACUGGAUCAGCAAGGCCUUCACCUCGCUGCGCACGUCCGUCGACGGGGCGCCGACGUCCGGCAGGAGCCUCCACGGCGGCUCCCUGUCUGGGUGGAAGCUGUCGUGGCCUCACAACAAAGACAGUCAAAAAGAACAAAGCUGAUGAAGAACGUGCAAA